AUGGACUCUGCGCCUACGCUGUCGGUGCACGUCCUUGUGUUCCCUUGGCCACGGCAGGGACUCAUCAACCCCAUGCUCCACCUCGCCACGGCCCUCCUUGACGCCGGCGUCCACGUCACCUUCCUCCACACCGAGCACAACCUCUCCAGGAUUGCCAGGGCGCCUCCGCCGCGCCUACGUUUGCUGUCUAUCCCCGAUGGCCUCCCCGACGACCACCCACGCCACUACAUGGAGCUGAUGGAGUCCAUGUGCACGACCGGCAGCGCCGCGUACCGUGCCCUGCUCUUGUCAUCGCUUCUGUCCGCCGACGAUGUGCCGCCGGUGACAUGCGUUGUCGCCGAUGGCACCAUGCCGUUCGCCAGCGACAUCGCCGACGAACUCGGCAUCCCGGCGCUUGCCUUCUGCACAUUCAGCGCGUGCAGCUCCCUGGCGUUCAUGUCCAUGCCUAAGGUCUUCGAGCUCGGCGAGAACCCCUUCCCUGCGGACGACCCAGUGUGUGGCGUUUUGGGGAUGGAGGGCAUUCUCCGGCGACGAGAUCUUCCUCGUGGUCCUGGACUCUGUUCCACUGAGCAAGCAGGCGGCGGAGAUCCCAUGAUACUCAAGAUUGGCGAGGGCGUCGCUCAUAGCUGCAAGGCACGUGCGCUGAUAAUCAACACCUCCGCGUCCAUGGAGCGGCCAGCGCUCGCCCACAUCGCGUCGUGCACACGCGACGUCUUCGCGGUAGGUCCACUCCACGCCAGCUCGAGGUCCGCGGCAAGCGCGAGCCUGUGGCGGGAGGACGACGGGUGCAUGGCGUGGUUAGACGGCCACGGCGACCGGUCCGUCGUAUACGUGAGCCUGGGGAGCAUCGCCGUGAUCUCGUACGAGCAGUUCACCGAGUUCCUCUCCGGCCUCGCAGCCACCGGGUACGCCUUCCUCUUGGUGCUUCGGCCGGGCAUGGUCCAGAUGGCUAGCUCAGCGCUACUUCGAGAAGCCGUCGCGGUGGCGCAAGCCGGCAAGGCCAAUAUAGUGGAGUGGGCUCCUCAGCUGGACGUGCUGCGGCACAGAGCGGUGGGCUGCUUCCUGACACACGCCGGUUGGAACUCCACGCUGGAAUGCGCCGUCGAGGGCGUGCCGAUGGUGUGCUGGCCCUUCUUCCUCGACCAACAGAUGAACAGCCGUCUCGUGGGCGCCGUGUGGAGGACGGGGCUGGACAUGAAGGACGUGUGCGACAGGGCUGUCGUCGAGAAGAUGGUGAGGGAGGCCAUGGUGUCCGGCGAGAUCAAGGCAGCGGCCCAAGCCAUGGCGGAGCAGUUGAGCCUGGACAUCGCCGACGGGGGCUCAUCGUCAUCCGAGUUAGGGCGGCUCGUCCGCUUCAUCAGAGAGCUCAGCAUCAAGUCUGGUCCAGAGCCAAGAAUUACUUAA